AUGAGCGACGACGGCUCGGCAAGCCUCGUAGGCUUUGGCGAAGGCGCCAACAGUACCGUCUCCGGUCCCAUCUACCACCGCCGGCCGAUUCCUGGCCUGGUGAACGCGCAGAGUGGUUCCGGUGUGCAGUGGGGGCUGGAAAGGAACAAUUCGGGACUCAGCGACACGCCGAGAAGCCGCGGGGAUGUCAUCAUGGGCGGGGACACACCAACAAGUGCUGCAGCGAUGCAGCAGCGGAGGGACGCCAAGUUUGCGGAUGGGUUCGCUGCCGAAAGCGGCCGUGACGAAGAUAUGUUCGUAGAUCCGAGCAACCGCACACCAGGGUCGGCGGGGCAGUCUCCAUUCACUGCGCAGCCGCCUGGAGCCCAGCAGGCGUUUAUGCCGGGGCGGAUGCCGACGUCGACCGCGCGGGACGCCGUCGAACGCAUGGUCGGCGCCGGCGGGCUGGAUGGCAGUGAACCUAGAGGUGCAGCCCAGCCAGGGCAAUUCGAGUUCGAGGAACGCAAGUAG